GUCCACGGGGCGAACAGUCGAUGCGUGCCCCGCUUUUAAACGACGAUGUAGCCGCGCCGUUUCGAGAAAUCGCGCGUGCCACACCAAGAUCACUGUCACGAGAUCGAGAUCGAGCACGUGCACCGUGGAGAGCCAGAGGUUCGCGAGAGUCGUUCGCGAGAGAUUCGUCGGCCAUUCUUUCUUUGGAUCCUCGCCAGUGAAAGGACAAAAAGGGAAAAAGGAAACGAAGGAAAGAAAAGAAACGAAACGAAAAGCCGCGAUAUCUUUCGUUCGAAGUCGAAUUCGUCGAGUCCGAGAAGAAAUCCUUCCGAAGUUGGUGCCAAGUGAGAGAAGCUGGGUCUUCUUCUGUUUCUUUAUUCUUCCUUUUGUGACCGAUUCGAAAAAGUUUCUGCGGAGACCGUGUCGAGAUCUGUGAUACCGUGUGUCGAGUAAAGUCGGACGUUCCUCUUGAACAAGUAGAGAAAAAGAGAUCGAGAUAAUGACAGUCAUGGUGGAGUCGGUGAAAGCCGAGGAGGGCGAACGUCCGAAGAUCGAGACCUUCGACGACAUCCUGCCGUACAUCGGCGAGGCUGGCCGCUACCAAUGGUUCCUUUUCAUCGUGCUGCUGCCAUUCACCUUCGUCUACGCGUUCCUCUACUUCACGCAGUUCUUCAUCACGCUACUGCCAGCUGAACACUGGUGCACCGUGCCAGAGCUUAACAACCGGAACUUUACGGACGAACAAAAGAUCAAUAUGUCGAUACCGCCGGCAUCAUCGGAGGAACUGAAACUAGAAGGUGCGACUUGGUUCUCGCGAUGUAACAUGUACAAUGUGAAUUACACGGAGAUGUUGGACAAAGGUGUUACAAAAGCGGAUCCAUCGUGGCCAGUCCAACCGUGUCAAUAUGGAUGGACGUUCAAUCACACGAUGAUACCAUACAGAUCCAUUGCUGUCGAGCUGGAGUGGGUCUGCGAUCACGCAUUCCUCGGCUCGGCGGCACAAUCGGCCUUCUUCGUAGGCAGCAUUCUUGGAGGCUUAAUAUUCGGUUACAUAGCCGACCAUUAUGGCAGAAUUCCAGCGUUGAUCGCGUGCAACACGGUGGGCUUCGUCGCGUCCAUUGGCACCGCGUUCUGCAACACUUUCUGGAGCUUCUGCCUGGCGAGAUUGGUGGUUGGUUCCUCGUUCGAUAACUGCUUCAACGUGCUUUUCAUUAUCGUAAUCGAAUAUGUCGGACCGAAGUACAGAACUUUGGUGGCGAACAUGUCGUUUGGACUUUAUUUCGCGGCAGCCGCGAGCCUUUUGCCUUGGAUUGCAUAUUGGAUCUCAGACUGGAGGAUCCUGAGCAUGGUUACCGCGUGUCCUAUGGUGGUCGCGUUCAUAACACCAUGGAUCGUUCCCGAAAGUGCACGUUGGUACAUAACCAGUGGCAAGAUCGACAAGGCGAUCGAGAUGCUGAAGAAAUUCGCUAAAGUAAAUGGCAAAGAGGUGAAGCAGGAAAUAUUCGACGAGUUUGAGAAAAGUUGCAAGUCGUUGACCGAGAAGGAUCAUCUGCAUAAUCAGUACACUGUGCUUCAUCUCUUCAAGAUGCCGCGGCUCGCUCGCAUUACUGUCAUGCUCAUCGUUUAUUGGUUGAUGAUGGUGUGGGUAUUCGACGGCCACGUUUGGAACAUGAAACUUCUGGACCCUGACAUUUUCAUGUCGUUCUCCUUAGCCUCCCUUACGGAACUUCCGGCGGCCAUAUUGCUCGCCGUCUUCCUCGACAGAUGGGGCAGGCGAUGGAUGGGCUUCGCAUCGAUGUUGCUCUGCGCCGUUUUCUCCUUCAUUGCCAUCUCCACACCCGCUGGCCCGACAACGGUCGCCAUGGCGAUUAUAGCGCGUCUUGGAGUGAAUAUCGCCGCGAAUAUCGGUUUCCAAUAUGCAGCGGAAAUGCUGCCGACUGUGGUGCGAGCUCAGGGUGUGUCUCUGAUUCAUAUCAUCGGCUACGUUGCUCAUAUUUUGGGACCGUAUAUUAUCUAUCUGGCGGACGUUGAUCCAGCUUUACCCCUCAUUACUCUCGGUUUGCUGUCUUUUAUACACGCUUUUCUGACGCUCGGUUUACCGGAGACUCUGAACCAAGAACUUCCGGAAACGUUGCAGGAAGGUAACGACUUUGGCAAGGAACAAAGUUUCUGGUGGAUCCCGUGUAUAUCCUCAAGCAAAAUGUUGAAGAAGUCUUACAGAAAGAAGAAGGGCCUGUCGAAUCCAGCCUUCGCCGGCAGUGUUCAAAAGAUCGACUGCACUAGAUUAUAGCGACUGAUCUGGUCGUGUGGAACUUGCCAAAUCCUUUGUAAAUAUAGUUGUUAAAUGUACGAGUGUGAUGCUAGGUGUUAAGAUAUUUGCGAACGUGUUGAGAACUGUUGAGAGCUGCUGAGAGCUGUUGAGAGCUGUUGAAAGAGAUUAGGAAGAAGUAUCAGCUUCUGCCAUUGCGUUGCAGCGCGGUUAAAGAGACAAGCAUCAUCAAAUUACUCGAGGUACAAGUUUGUUAUCAAUUAACGUUUCAUCGACGAAGUGUCUUCAUUCUAAACGCCAAUCUUAUUCGAACUGUAUCUUUCAAGUCGAUCAUCUUUCACGAUGAUUUGAAGAUGCAUUGCAAGAGGCUUUUAUUAUUAUUUAUUUAACAUUAUUCAAAUAAUAUUACAAUUAACAUCGUAAGUAUUUCCUGUAGAAUCAUCCCAAGUGUUGGAAAUGACAAAGAACUCAGAUUUCAGAUUGUGGGAAGCGGAUAUGAAUAUUUAAGAAAGAUAUAUCUUCCUUCGAGUUUAAAAAUUGGAAAGAGAAAUCUGCAUUUCUUUUCUUCCUCCUUUAUCAAAGAAUUCACUUAUUUGUGAGAAGUGUCACUCGAAACGCGAGAGGAGUGCUUUCUUUACGCGUUGUUGAGCUUUGAACUUGUCUCGUUUUACUGCGAAUCAUCUUUGUAUCUAUAUAGGUAAUUCACGAAUCGCCGAGAUUCGAAUCGGCAGUUUCGAUCGACCCUUUUAAAACGUAGUGUACGCUUUUAAAACCUCAGGAAAACUGUCAAAGCUGUGUCAUAAUUUGAACAGACGCGUAAUUUCAAUGAAACAUUAAGAAUUGAAAUUGCCCUGUGAUACGAUAUAUAUUCUUCCCUUUUGCUUCAGUAUUAAUUAACGAAGAAUAUUUUCACUUGACACAAUUGAUUUUGUGAGUGAUCAAUCACUCGUCAAAUGGAAUGCAUUAAAGUAGCUAAUUGAUGUGCAUUAACCCAUUAACUGCCAUUAUCCUCACUGGGAUUCGCAAAAAGAAAUAUUCACGGUAACUCUAAAGGAAGAAUUCCUUGAAAUAGAAGAAGAUACAUAUACAGUAUUUUAAUACUAGUACAAUUAUUGAAUUAAAUUUGGCAUUUAAUGGAUUAAUUUUCAGAACUUAGAACUCAGGCGAAAACGGAUCGAAAUUUCCGUCACGAGCUCGACUACGAAUAACGUGAAAAUUCUCAUCCGUGAAGCGACACGGAUAUCUUCUAUUCCCAAUUACGUUCCUUCCGAUCCUCCGAGCUGUCCAUCCUAAGUGCUCAAUCUCCGUCACACCACUUUCGAACGAUGAUUCUAGCAAACAGAGUCAUUCGAUCGUUAGAGUCAUUCGCGUACUUAUAAGACUAGUCCCUGCUUUCAAUUCCUCGUUUAAAAAUCCACCGUAUACACGCAUAAUUUCUCGUUGCAAGUAUCAGGCAAUCGAUCGUUUCUCAAAGUCUGAGACACUUCGAAACAUUCCUACGUCAGAGAAAUUCAAUUGUAAAUAAUUAUUGUCGAAACCUAUAAGACAGACUCGAUCCUUAUUAUAUGAUACAAUGGACAAUUUUUUUUUUUAAACGAGAGAAGUCUCAUUUGAUCUUUGACAUUUUUUCGUAACACAGUAUUGUAAUUAGUAGACGUGUUCGUGCAAAUUUGUAUAUUUUUUUUGACGAACGUCGUUACGAAUUGAAAAUUUAUUAACAAUUUAGUGUACGUGAUCGUUGUUGUAAAGCUUGUAAUUGUAGGACAGAGCCAGACUGGGUGUACAAAGGAGGAUCAUCGGACACUGACGUAUUUUAGACAAAUGUAGCAAUUUAUUUUCGUUCGGAGGACACAGAUUGAUGUGUGUGCAAAUAAAAAACAGAAUUAUUUCUUAUAAUCAA